GUUGGUGGGAGGUUCAUGGAUCUGGAUGAGUGUGGAGAUUUGGAAUGUAAGGUUUCAGUUGUCGGAUCAAUGACUUCCAAGAUGAUGCCCCAAACCCUCUCAACAAUCCCCAAUCUGUCUUCUCGAAGUGAUUGCUCUCUCGAUACCACCAGUUCGAGCAAAGCCAGUACAACCUUGCCGACAAAGCUGCCAGAAUCAGCUAUCUUGAGCAACCCAAACAAAGAAAUGGAGUCCAAUGACCAGAAACCGCCUCGCAAGGUACAUGAGUCAGUUGAUGCUGCAUCCAGCAAGGUUCCCGCAGAUGACGAGGAGAUCGUGGAAAACAUAGAUGUGAAUAAAUCAGACUCAACGUUACACAAGGAUCAGCAUGGUGCAGCAAAUGCAAGUGGAUCUAGUGCCAGGCUAGUGGGAAGAUGCGAGACCGGAGAAAGAGGUGUUAGCAGCAGAUGCAGGCCGAGUACGGGAAGUGACGUCAGCGAGGAAAGCUCGUGCAGCAGUUUCAGCAGCACCAGCAAGCCUCACAAGGCAAAUGAUUCACGGUGGGAGGCAAUCCAGAUGAUCAGGAGCAGAGAUGGGAUCCUUGGCCUGAGCCAUUUUAAGUUACUGAAGAAGCUGGGCUGUGGGGACAUCGGCAGUGUGUACCUUUCGGAACUGACUGGGACCAAGAGCUAUUUUGCGAUGAAGGUUAUGGACAAGGCGUCGCUUACAGGCCGUAAGAAGCUGCUUCGAGCCCAGACUGAGAAGGAAAUCUUGCAGUCCCUGGAUCAUCCUUUCCUUCCGACGUUGUACACGCACUUUGAAACUGAUAAAUUCUCUUGCCUGGUUAUGGAGUAUGCCCCUGGGGGAGAUUUGCAUACUCUUCGACAGAAACAGCGUGGCAAGUAUUUUCCAGAACAAGCUGUUAAAUUUUACGUAGCAGAAAUUCUCCUUGCGAUGGAGUACUUGCACAUGCUCGGCAUCAUAUAUCGUGAUCUCAAGCCUGAGAACAUCCUUGUCCGUGAUGACGGACACAUCAUGCUAUCCGACUUCGACCUCUCCCUUCGUUGUGCAGUGAGCCCAACUCUAAUCAGGUCCUCGAAUCCUGAAACAGAAGCACUUCGGAAGAGCAGCCAGGCCUACUGUGCUCAACCAGCUUGUGCAGAGCCUUCCUGCAUGAUACAGCCAUCGUGUGCAGCUCCCACAACAUGCUUCGGCCCUCGAUUCUUCUCCAAGUCGAAGAAAGAUCGAAAACCAAAACCUGAAGUUGUCAACCAGGUCAGACCAUGGCCCGAGCUCAUGGCAGAACCGAGUGAUGCACGCUCAAUGUCAUUUGUUGGCACACAUGAAUACUUGGCUCCUGAAAUUAUCAAAGGUGAGGGCCAUGGUAGUGCUGUUGACUGGUGGACUUUUGGUAUUUUCUUAUAUGAGCUUCUAUUUGGGAAAACGCCUUUCAAAGGUUCAGGAAACCGAGCAACAUUGUUCAAUGUCAUUGGUCAGCCGUUGCGUUUCCCUGAAUACCCAGUUGUGAGCUUCUCAGCCAGAGAUUUAAUAAGGGGCCUACUUGUUAAGGAGCCCCAACAGCGGCUGGGUUGUAAGCGUGGCGCCACAGAGAUAAAACAGCAUCCAUUUUUUGAGGGUGUCAAUUGGGCGUUGAUACGCUGUGCGAGCCCUCCAGAGGUUCCUAGACCAGUUGUGAUUGAGAGGCCUUCAAAGCAGCCCGUGUCGACAUCUGAGGCUGCUGCUUCACCUACUGGUGCUGCCCAGAAAGGCUCUGAUAACUACUUAGAGUUUGAUUUCUUUUAGCGCAAGAAUGCCUUUUCUUUCAUUUGUUUCCAUUAUUAGAAGUAGUAGGCUUUUCACAAGUAUGUCUUUGGCAGAUGAUUGGUAUGUAGAUUUUUGUGUCUGUCGCCUGUUUUCCGUUUUCUAGCGAAUGAACUGGAUGCUUGAAAUUAAAAUUCAUCCACGAGUUUUGAUGUA